GUGCAUGUGUCUCUGAGCCGAAGAAAACCCCUUGCCCAGCAUGCCUCUUGCAGGAACCCCGGCUCCCAACAAGAACAGGAAGCCAACUAAGCUCAUUUUAGAAUUAACCCAAGAAGUCAUGCCACAAGAAGGGUCCAAGUUGAACCUGGGGAAGAAGAUCAGCACGCCCAAGGAUGUGAUGCUGGAAGAACUCUCGCUCCUCACCAACAGGGGAUCCAAGAUGUUCAAACUUCGCCAGAUGAGGGUGGAGAAAUUCAUCUAUGAGAAUAACCCAGAUGCCUUCAUGGACAAUUCUGUGGAUCAUUUUCAGAGGUUCAUCCCAACCAUCGGGGGACAUUACGGAGUUGAGGCUCACGGUUACUCGCAGAGCGGCGGGAGGAUGGUGAGCGGCGUCACUGUCGGGCGGUAUGGGUCCAGCAAGCUGCCCUUCCCUCCCAACCCUCCUCCAAAGCCCGGGAGCAAAGGCGGAGCUGGAGCCGGAGGUGCAGGAGCCGGGGGCACCGGAGCCGGCCACCCCGAGGGGACCCCCGGCACAGGGGGAGGUGUGGACGGUGGAAGCGAGGGCCCCGAGGGCCCCGGUGGUAAAGGUGACCCCAAGGCUGGGAGCGGGAAACAUAUCUCCAUUUUCAAGACCUACAUCUCUCCCUGGGAAAGAGCGCUGGGCCUCACCCCUCAAGAAAAAAGUGCCUUUACGAUCGACCUCUUGUCCUACGACAGCAAAGCAGCUCUCUGCCAUUACAAGUCUUUUAACAGGUCUGCCGUGCCCUACGGGGGAUAUGAGAAGGCAAUCAAGCUGAUGACCUUCCAGAUGCCAGAGUUCGACGCCGGCCCCUUACCCGAACCCGUCGUUGUGUAUAACCAAGAAGUCACCAGCAGGCCCUCGUUCAACAGAACCCCGGUUCCGUGGCUGGCCUCCGGAGAACCGGGAGAGUACAGCGUGGAGGUGAACAUGCCUCCGACAGGGGAGACAGAAGAGUUGUAA